GUGAAAUUAUUUAUUAUUUUAUUACAAUUGUGACAAUUUAUUUUUAAUUAGAAUUUAUUCACAUUUCCCUCAUUUUUUUUACUUUGAAAAUCAAUAUGAAUUUAAAUUUUUUCACAACAUGGACUUUACACCAAUUUUUUGUUUUAAAUUAUUUAAUUUUACCAUUAGUGUUUGGAGAAAUUACAAAAGUAAUAUAUACUUACGAUAAAGAUUUAGAAGAUAAAGAACUAUUUAAAAAUUUCAAUGAAAGUAGUUAUACAAUAUUAAAUGAAUCAAAUUCGAUAAUAAAUAUCAAUAGUGAAACUAAUGAAAAGUCUCCUUGGUUUUUAAAUAUACCACUAUUGCCGGUAAUAGUUGCAACUUCGAAUUCAAUUCCUGAAGGUUCUUGUAAAAGACAACUACUAUUCUAUCUUAAUCAUUUAAAAAAUGGAACAUUGUGGGCCACUGAAAUGUUUGAUGCGUCAGCUAAAUAUCCUUAUGGUUUAUUCGGUGGUUCAACGCGAUUUUUAGGAAGUUUUGAUCAGUGUGAACAAAUUCAAACGAAUUUAAUAAAUAGUGAGAAUGGAGAGAUUGAAGAAAUACGCAGUAGAUAUUGUUUGGUGGAUGUAAAAUUUAAUGAAAUUAAUGAAUCUAAAAAUUUUAUUGAAGAACACGAGAUAUAUUUUGAUCCACAAAGUUAUGCCUGGGAAGCAAUUAGAGAAAAAGGCGAUUUUCGGAGGUAUCAACGAUACUCAAUACAAAUGGCGUUAUGUUUUCCUGCAGAAUGUCAAAUAGAUGAUAUUGAGGCAUCACUAAAAGAACCCUUAGAUAAAUUUGGCUCAAAAUACAAUGUACAAGUCAAAGCAUCAAUUUCACCAUUAUAUUGCUCUUCUAAAGAUUCUAAAGAAAUCCCAUUUUCUAAUUAUGAGAUAAUUUUUUGUUUAACAGUCCUUUUAAUACUCACUACUGUCGUAAUAAGCACUAUUAUUGACAUAAAGUCAGACAAAAAAGAAGAGAAUUCUUUACAAAUGAAAUUACUAUACUGCUUUUCUGCUCGUAGAAAUUUUAAUGAAAUAUUCAAGAUACGUUAUGAACAUCGUGGAUUAGAUACUAUUCAUUUUAUUCGCGUGACAAUAGCGGCACUUCUAAUUUGUGGUCACAGAUUAAUUGUACAAAUAUACGGAGGAACUUUAAAUGGACGGUACAUUGAAUGGCUUUCGACUGAACCAAUUUUAGCAUUGUUUCACAAUGUUCCCAAUCUAAAUGAUGGGGUUUUAGGCUUUGGAGGUCUUUUAUUGUCUUACUGUCUAUUGAAGGAAUUAAAAAUAUCAGAGAAAUUAAACUACUUGCUUCUAAUUUUAUAUCGAUUAUUUAGAUUGUUACCACUUUAUAUGUUCGUUACAUUUGCAUAUGCAACUGUAUUUUAUCGAUUAGGUUCUGGACCAUUUUGGGAAGUUAGUGUAGGAUUUAAUCGAAAUUCUUGUUCCUCUUAUUGGUGGUUGAAUUUGUUUUUAAUUAAUAAUUAUUUUGGCGGUAACAAUAAGUGCGUGAUUCAGUCUUGGUAUUUAUCUGUGGACUUCCAAUGCUUUUUAAUUGGAUUAUUGUUAAUUAAUGCAUUCAACAAAAUGACUCGAAAGAUUGGUUACUUAUUUUUGGCCUGCAUUUUAAUGGCUUCAACUUUAAUAAUUUUUUAUGUUACGUAUAUAAAUAAUGCAGAUCCAAUUGUUACAUCUUUUGCAGUACCAAGAAGAGCAGAAGAAAUUGAUUUUUUUCUUAAUUACUAUACUAAAACUCAUUUGCGUUUGGUUGCCUAUGUUACUGGAUUAAUCUUUGGAGCUUUGAUCAAUGACUAUAGCAAUAAUAAUUGGCGCAUUUCAAAAGUGUGGUCACAAAUUAUAUUUCUUACUGCAAUUCCAUUAAUACUGAUUUCAAUAUCAUGUGGAAUAUUUUUCACGAAUCCAAAUAUAAAAAGAACUGCUUUCAUAAAAGCACUAUAUGCAAGUCUACAAAAAUUAAUUGUUGCAUAUAGUGUAUGUUCAAUUCCUUUUGUCUUUACAGUGGGAGAAGGUUUAGAUUUUUAUUACAAAAUAAUAACUGCAAGAUGGUUACAACCACUAUCACGAAUAUCUUUUUCAAUUUUUCUCACACACUUCGCAAUGUUUCUUUAUGAACUCGGUACUACAAGAACAAGUUAUACUGCUACAUUUUACAAUUAUUUUAGAGAUAUUGUGGGGGAUAUGGUUUAUUCCGUAUGUCUGGGAUUAUUCUUCGCUAUUUUAAUAGAAUUUCCAUUUAAAAAUUGUGGAAAUAUACUUUUAAGAAGGAUGAUGAAAGAAAGGUCACCGAUUAUUGAAAAAAAAGUGGAAUAAUAAUAAUACAAAGAUUCAAAACCGAUACACUUAAAUAAAUUUUUAUUUUGGUGUUUUGUUCCGACUGAUGUCCGAAAUUAGCAACUGUUGCAGUUUUUGUGAUUUUUUAUAAAAGUGUUUAUAUUUUAUUAAAUAUUAAAGUAAUUUUAGCAGAUAAUGGUACCAACAGUCAGGUCGGUAAUGCCGAUUUCUAUUUUAUAGGCAGUCGGUAAGGUAGGAAUCUCCCAGAAAUUUUAACUCUGCCGAUAAGGUAGGAAACUGUUUUACCUUACAUUCAAUAGGUGGCUCCUACUUCAGUAUGUAUAGUAAGUGCCCGGUCAAAAAUGCAGAUGUUUACCUUAUCAGCAGUUAGUAAUACAUAAAACUGAAGAUAAUUUCAACUAUGUCGAUAAGGCAGAAUUUUUUUUUGCCGGCUGAUGUGAUAUGGUAGAAAUCUACGUUACUAGCAAUGCAGUCACCAUAAACGUUGAAGUAGGCGCCAUCUGUAGGGUGGUUGGUUAAGUAACUUGGUCGGUAAAACAGUUUCUUACCUUAUCGACAAAUAUACGAUUUUUAUCAAGUUCCUACUAUACCGACUGCUGCUAAAGUUGAUAUAUGUCCUUAACAUUUGACUUUGAAUUAUGAGGUUAUGUUUGCUUCUUGGGCAUUACUUAUCACCUAAUUUUGAAAAUAUGUUUCCAUGUUUGUUAGUAUUUUGGCCCUGAACAGUGACAAGUCAUUAAGUGGAUCGACCGUUAUGUCUGAGGUUUAUAAACAUAACCUCAAAAUUAGGUUAAAGUUCAGGGUCAACAUACUAUAAUAAAUCAAGAGAACGCUGAUGGGUUUGAGAUUAAAAUCAGUAAACAUAACCUUCAAAAUUAGGUCAAAAUUCAGAGCUAAAAUACUAAUGUAACCUCAAAAAUUCAAGAUUUAGGGGGGGGGGGUUACUCACUAAAUUUGAAUAAGAGAAUAUUCACUUAUUCUAAGUCAAAAAUCGUCCAUGUAAAAAAUAAAAUAACCUAAUAAAUUGAUGUAUGUAUA